AUGCCGCUCCGGGGAAAAGCUGGGCUGAUAGUCUUCCUGGGCGCCCUGCUCCUCUCUUCCGGGCUGGCCUGCGGGCCGGGCAGGGGGUUUGGCAAGAGGCGGCACCCGAAGAAGCUGACCCCGCUGGCCUACAAGCAGUUCAUUCCCAACGUGGCAGAGAAGACCCUGGGCGCCAGCGGGAGGUACGAGGGCAAGAUCAGCAGGACCUCGGAGCGCUUCAAGGAGCUGACCCCGAACUACAACCCGGACAUUAUUUUCAAGGAUGAGGAGAACACGGGAGCCGACAGGCUGAUGACACAGCGCUGCAAGGACAAACUCAACGCACUGGCGAUCUCCGUGAUGAACCAGUGGCCCGGCGUGAAGCUGCGUGUCACCGAAGGCUGGGACGAGGACGGCCACCACUCCGAGGAGUCGCUGCACUAUGAGGGCCGUGCCGUGGACAUCACCACCUCGGAUCGGGACCGCAGCAAAUACGGCAUGCUGGCUCGCUUGGCCGUGGAGGCCGGCUUCGACUGGGUCUACUACGAGUCCAAGGCACACAUCCACUGCUCGGUCAAAGCCGAGAAUUCUGUGGCUGCCAAGUCGGGCGGCUGCUUCCCAGGAUCAGCCCAGGUGAAUCUGGAGCAAGGAGGCACCAAGCUGGUGAAGGACCUCAGCCCUGGCGACCGGGUGCUGGCCGCGGACGUGCAGGGGCGGCUGCUGUACAGCGAGUUCCUCGCCUUCCUGGACCAGGAGGAGCCCCCCAUGCACAAGCUCUUCUACGUGAUUGAGACCCAGUGGCCUCGGACACGCCUCCUGCUCACGGCGGCCCACCUGCUCUUUGUGGCCCCGCCGCAGAACCAUUCCCAGCCCCGGCCCAUCUUCGCCAGCCGCGUGCAGCCGGGGCAGCGCGUCUACGUGCUGGGCCAGGGGGAGCAGGCGCUGCUGCAGGCCGCGGUGGUCCAGCGGGUGUCGCUGCAGGAAGACGCCUCGGGGGCGUACGCCCCGCUCACGGCGCAGGGCACGAUCCUCAUCAAUCAGGUGCUGGCCUCGUGCUACGCCGUCAUCGAGGAGCACAGCUGGGCCCACUGGGCAUUCGCCCCCUUCCGCGUCGCGCACGCCCUCCUGGCGACGCUGCACCCCAGCGGCCUCUCCUCGCCGGUCCUCUUCGCAGCUGCUGCAGCAGACGACGCGCCAGCGGGAGUCCACUGGUACUCCCGCCUCCUCUACCGCAUCGGCCGCUGGGUGUUGGAUUCUGAGAUGAUGCACCCGCUGGGCAUGGCCAGCUGA